CUCCCCUUGACGCGAGUAAGUGGACGGUGUUGGCUGCCUGGUAACAGAGGGAGCCGCCGAGGCUCAGUUGUUGUUGUUUUGUAGACAAUGUGCAGAUUAUGUCAGUACAGAAUUAGAGGCGGUGAUUACACCGCACACACCAGCAUCGCACCCCAGACGGGGAAUUCCCUUCCUUACUUUGUUUGGAAGCUGUGUUGUUAAACUGCUCACACACAUGCUGCAGAUUCUUACUCCUCAAACUCUGCAGCCUGCGCUUGGGCUUCAGGAGAAAAAGAAUUGGGGAUGCUGGAAAUCUGAACCAAAAACAGAAAUUGCUGGGGAUCUGACUCGAAAGCAGAGAAAGAGAGAAAAAAAAAACAGGAUCUCAGCAGGUGGAGAGAAAUCGGAGUUAACGUUUUCGAUCGAGUGACCCUUCUUCAGAAACCUUGGUAAAUUAAGUAGUUCGACGGCCCACCGGGAACUGAGUACAUCUUCCAUCCUGGUGACAGCAGCAGAAAGGACAGUGUACAAUGAGUCCGAGUCACGGUCUGAGAGGAGGAGGAGCUCGCUGAGAUUUAUGUUUGCAGAGUGGGAGAUGGAGAGCAAUGGUGAGGAGAAGGUGGAGCUGGAAGAUAUACUGAAGAAACUGCAGGACGAUGGACUGGACACUGAUGCCUGCUCUGCAAAUGAGCAUCUCAGUCACCUGUGGCGCAUAUACCUGCGGGCUGAGGGCACGCUGCAAGCCACCAUGCAGGAUCUGGAAGGGGUGCGACAACAACAGGCUUCCGAGAUGAAAGAGGUAGAAAAUUAUGUGGAUCACAUCCGCAACCUGUCGGAAGAGCGGGAGGCACUGACAGCUGAAUACGAGCGAGAGAAUGAGCUACUAAAGAUGGAGUUACAGCGACUGAAGUUAGAACAAGAGACGCAGGUGAAGGAAGUGGAAGAGAUGUUGGAGCAAGAAGGUCUAGCAGAGAUUGCACACAGUGGCCCAAGUGAGCAAGUAGCAUAUCUUCUUGUUGAACGUGCUACACUGCUAGAAAAGUUGGAAUCAGCAGACAGAAAUGUGGAUUCUCAGAGUGUCACAGGGAGCAUUCGUGAAACACACUUGCAGGACGAGUUGAACCAGAUGCGGCAAACCCUGGAAGAGGAAUUGAAACAGCAGCGGGAGACUAUGCAACGCACCAAAGAAACCAUGGCAAAGGAACCUUUAUCAGAACCUGCAAGUCCAUGGAAGAAGCUAUUUGGGGUUCGUCAGCAGACGCACAGCGUCUCCAAAGACAUAGCCACAAAUGAAGAGGACCUGGAGAAAGAGAGGAAGCUACGGGAACGAGCAGAGAGAGAUCUGGAUGAGGCAGCACGGCGAUUAGAGAUGGCACAUGAGGAAAUCCGUCGACUAACGGAUGAAUUGGACAUGGAGAGAAAAGUUCAUAGUAGUAAUGACACAACUCUUCAGACUGCUUGUCAGGAGAUCAAAACGCUGAAGGAGGAGGUGUCUAAGUUGGUAGAGAGCGACUUCAUGGAACUAGAUAAAGCCAAAGAACAGAACAGCAAACUGGAUGAGGAAAUCCUGGCACUACGUGAGCGUGUACGAUCAUUGGAUUCAGAACGGAAAUCCCUUUUAGAAGUAGUUGAAAACCUUCAAAAAGCCCAGCCAGCACAGGCACAACAACCCAGUAGUCUGCAAAAUAAAAUGAAUCAGCUGAAACCAGAAAAUAAGGAGGAACCAGCCCAACAAGUGGGUUCCCAGUCACAACCAAUAAAAGAGAUUCCUGUGCCAGCUGUUCGUAAGAAGCACAAGAUGCCUUCAUCUUCACGUUCAACUAGUAAGGAAUGUCCUGUAGCAGAUAUGGAACAGGACUCAUUACUCUUGGAUUCAGGCCAUGACAGUCACCAUCCAAAAUCGGAGUUACUCCACAAAAGGUGCCACCAUGAGAUUAAUCGGUUAGACUCUAAGAACCAUGAUCUGCAACGGAAGUUGCACAGACUGCAACAGGAUCUCGAAGAGCUGACGAUGAGGAAUGAGAUACUUGAGACUACUUUGGGAGAACACCGUAAUCACCCUAGAGAUGGCCAGCACAGCACUGACUGUGAGAAGGAAGUACUAAAAGCUAAGAUCACCAGUAUGGAAACUGAUUAUGCAAAACUUAAGAGGAAGUACAAGGAGCUUAAAGCAAAAAGUCAUGAAGUGAUCAGUGCUGUGAGUAAGGAACAAGAUAUUCAGGAGCAGUUAAAAAGGAGUCAAAUGACAAUGGAGAGCAUACAGCAAAGGCUUGAAGAAGAAGUUAAAAACCGGGAGUAUCUUGAAGGAGCACUAUCUAAUGCCCAGCAGUCAAAAAUACGAGCAGAGGAGGAGCUGGAGGCUUUCAGAACUCAAGUGCACUAUCUGAGCAUGGAAAUGAAGAGUUAUCAUGCAGCAGCAGAACAGAAUCAAGCAUUAAAUGCUGCUCUUGAAAGGAUGCAAUUGGAGAAUAAUGCUCUAGAACAGAAGCUCAACAAGGUGCUGGAGGAUCACAGAGGGAUAUCCAAUUGUCAGGGAAUACAAAACAACUGUUGGAAAGAAAUGGCAGAUAAACACCAAUGCCAGAUAGCCGAAUUGAAGAAAACCAUACAGAAACUCCAGGAAGAAAAAAUCAGUGCAUUCAACCAGAUGACCAAUCCUUCCAACAAAAAUCUAGAAUUUAUGCAGCAGCAACUCAACACAGUGCUAAAGGAAAACCAGCAGCUGAAUGAAGACAAUCUUAUUUUGCGGCAGCAAUUGUGCAGCGACCAGCACAGCAGUCAGAAUAUUAACCAGGAGAUUUGUAACUUACGGCAACAGCUUAAUGCCAGCCAGCAGGAGUCCAAACUACUCGCACAGGAAAAUUAUACCAUUCGGCAACAGCUGGGCUGCAGCCAACAGGAGAACCAGCGCCUGAACCAAGAAGUGUCCAACAUACAGAAACAGCUGACUGACCUAAUUCAUUCUAAAGAACAAGUGGAAGACAACAUUACUCAGGUGCAGCUGCAAGCUCUAAAGCUGGAAAUUAGCCAGUUACAGAAUUCACUCGAAUUAGAGCAGAAAAAUUCUCACCAGCAUAAACAAGCUCUAGAAUUGCAGUUGGAGGAAGCAAACAACAGGGCUAAGUCUCAGGAAGUGUUACUGCAGCAGCAAACAGAGGAGUCCAGACAGAUGCGGCAGGAUUUACAAAGAGUGCAUAAUCUGUGCAGCACUGCAGAGAAAGAACUGAAGUACAAGAGAGAACAACUGAUAGAACUGCAAAGGCAAAUUUCUCUACUUGAUCAGGAAAAUAACAGGAUGAAUUUGGAGUACAAAACAGCACAGUGUAGGCUGUCUGAACUGGAUCAACACAACUUAGUAUUGAAAUCUGAAUGUGAAAUGAAGCAGCAGAGGCUGAAAGAACUGGAAAUGGAAUCUAACAAGACCUUCCACCUCAGCAAACAGUUAAAGAGUGUACAGGAUGAACUCGUAGCAGAAAAAAACAAAACUCAAAGUGCAGAAAAAAAGACUGCAGAGAUACAGCAGCAGUUGUGCAGCAUUCAGCAUCAGCUGCGACUCUCAGAGGCACGAAAUAAGGAGAGGGAGGUAUUGGAGACGGAACUAAAGGAAAGUAGGGACACAGCAGCCAAGCUCAAGAAUCAGCUACAAGAGGAACUCCUUCAGAGGAAACUUGCAGAUCAGAACACCGAGGAGCUCCAGAAACAAAUCAAAUCAAUGUUAGAGAAGGAAGGGUGCUUAGCACGGGGCAAAUGUGACCUUGAGCAGCAAAUGCAACAACAGGAUUCACGGAUGCAUGUCCUUGAGGAGGAAAAGGAGGCCUUGUAUUCUGAGAAUCUCAGUAAUCAAAAGGCUAAUAAGAAAUUGAUGGAUGAAAUUUGUACGCACAAACAAGAGAUAGAGAAACUUAAGGAAGAGCUGCAGAACAUGUUACAACAAUUGGAUUCACAAGUCAGAUUGUAUAAUGAGAAACAGAUGAGACACAAACAGAAGCUGCGCAAAGCUAAAGAGAUCUUUAUCCGUGAAGUGAUGCUGCGAGAUGGUAAAAUAAAACACUUGGAAAGUGAGAUCAAAUUGAUGAAAAACCUAAUGGAUAAGGAACACGCCUGGAACAUGAAGGUUACGUAUGAAAAUGAUCUGCUUCUUGUUGAGAAACGGGAGCUUCUGCAACAGUUGAGUGAGCAAGAGGAUGCUGUGCGGAACAACAAUUCAGUUGUCUGCAACGUAAAGCACAGAUCUCCUGUCUCUGGUACCUGCCCAUCUCAGCUGUUGUCAGCAACAAGAACUGUUAACGACCAAGGCCAAUGGAAAUCCCAAAAACCAGCAUCCAGGAUUAACUACUUGGAAGAGGAGAACAAACAGCUUCAAGAUGAGACUGUGAAGUUGAGUGACCGGCUUGGCUCAUUGGAGCGUUCUCUGAAAAUAAUUAAGACGGAUCCUUCAAAGUCGCAGCAUCCUGAGAAUUUGUCCGUGUCCUUUCCCCAGGAUGUUUGCAGGCUUCCUUACAAUGACACCUCUUUAAAGAGUGGUAUCUUCAUGUCUUCAACACGUGAAACACCGUCACCAAAUGAUCAUAACAAUUUCGGUUCUUUGGAAAGCAUUCGACGUACCAAAACACUGGAGUGUUCUGAUGGCACAAAAUCUACAUUUCCAACACAGUCACUUCAUUCAGAUGUGGGCUACUUAAACUUGACAAGCUCCCCACGGUACAGGGACCAGGAGGAAUUCUGCAGUCUAGCCAGUGAUGAGGUGUGAUCAGGCCCUGCAGAGACAGCAGUAGAUCGAAUACAAUUUUAACUGGAUCCUGAUUAUACAUCCUGAGCAAAUUUGCCAACUGGAUCAGCCACAAGGUGUUUCUAUCUGGAGUUAAACUAAUGCUGGCAAUGGGGCCAGGUACAUAUUGACUCAACCUUCAGCAAGCUGUUGUCUUUGUCACAUUGCCUAACAAGAAUAUUAACACAUCUUUCUCUGGAUGAGUAGUGCUAGAUUGGUUAAAAUACCUGACUUAACGCUGGUCUGGCUAUUGCACUUACAAGCAUACAGAUACUGGUGUCAUACCAGUAUUACAAAGGUCAAGGGUGCAGGCUGGGUGUACAAAACCUCUAUUGUUCUAUGGUUCUAAAGACUGCAGGGCUCUCCCAGUGUUAAAAUGAGCUUUGGCACUGCUAUCCAAUUUGUAUGAGGACAAAUAACUCACCUGUAUGAGUAAUUGGUUUGCCCACAGUAUAGUUUGAAUCUGUUACUUAUGCUGAAUGUUGUCAUGGAGCUUUGCAAUUGUACUUGUAAAAUAAUUAUAUUGCAGUAAAUUUGCACAGUUUGGGAAAACCAUAAGGAAACAGCAUUGGGAAGCCAGAUUGUAAAGCAGUGUUUUGACUACUUUCUGAAUCUGAUGCCUUCUUAUACUGUAUUUGUUCCAAAUUACUUUCACUAGAUAUUCUGAAUUGUAACAUAAGCAGAGUGCAACCUAUUUCUGCCAGGCAUCUGCCUUGUUGCCUUGUCGGCAAAGGCCCUAGGUGCAAUGGACGGUCACCCAAGUGGAAAGAUUCAGUCCCAAGGACUGUGUAAUCUCAGGCAGGGCAGUAUUUCAAAGCUAGGAUUGCCUUCCACAUCAGCAGACAAGAGAGGGACAAAAAUGAACCAGUAUGCCUCGUCUGAUCCCAAUUGCAAAUGAGUCAGGCCAGAAGGAAGCCCCUCACAAUCAAAAAGUUUUUGACACUUACCAUGGAACUGUACCAGUGAUAAAUGGCUGUUUUGAGAGGUAUAAAAGUGUGUCCGCACCCAAACUAGUCUGUACCUUCUUUAGAAGUGGGAGAACAGGAGAAAGCAAGGAGUCCUAUCAGAAGCAUUCUUCUUACUGAUCUCUUGAGAAGGGCAGAUACUUUUUAACUAAAACCCAAAUUACAAACAUUUGAAAACAUGAAAAUAGAAAAGUAGUACCAGAAAUCCAGACAGCAAACAGUCGAUUACACAAUAGUGGUUUCCUCUGCGUUCACUCUGCCUCUGCUGCAUUGCAGUUAAAAUGCAAUCACUACUUCUGGGCUAGCUGGUGCAUUAACCUGUCAAUACAGGUGGAUAGUAACUGCAGGUUAACAACUCCUUUGGAGAAUAAGCUCUCAAUUUAGGCUUUGCCACAGGGUGAGGGCAGGAAAAGAGGGGCAAUGGAGUUUUGAUGUUUCCGCAGAAGGUCAUGAGGGAAUGUCUUGAGAGUCACCCCAGAUGACUCCGUGUUAGGUAUCCUAACUGUCAGGUCGAGGGAAGAGCGGAAAGGCCCAAAUACAGGUCACCUCCAAGGGAUUUGUGCUUGAGGGAAACCUUGAGAGUGAGGAAAAAUGUAAUUAAAAUAAAUGGUCCAAAACAAUGUGAGAUUGGAACUCUAUUGAUUUAGUAAAUCGGAGAAUAAACUGGGCAUUAAUACAACUCAACAGCUAAGAAUCCAGUUGUGUCAAGAAUCUCAGUGAGUAUCUGCCUUAUUACCUCAUGGGUAAGGCCCCAGUCACUUAAAUAGAAAAAAUCAGUCCCAAAGAUCAACCUAGCUUUUCUUCCCAUUUUUGCUUCUUCCUCUAAACUGGAGAUAGUUUUUUUUUUAUGAAUUAGAAUUAAAUAUUACGGUUUCGGGAGAAAUCUUUGCUCAGCUAGUAGAAACUAUAAUGGGCAUACUGAAAUCUGAUGACAUUUAACAUAAUUACAAACUCUUAAGAAGUACACAGAAUUAAGUUUGAAAGAUGUAAGAUUAAUAGAUUCAACUUCUUCAUCAUGGAGAUAAGUAUAUGAAGCAGACUGCUCAAAGAGGUCGUGGGGACAAAGUAUUGGAAUAAUUCAAAAGGGUAUUGAAUAAAUAUUUGGCAAAGAAAUAGACUCAGAGUGCAAAUAAAGUCAUAGAGUCAGAGAGAUGUACAGCAUGGAAACAGACCCUUCGGUCCAACCUGUCCAUGCCGACCA